GCGCGCCGAGGGCUUCGCUCUCGGUUGCUGCGGGCCGGGCCGAGCUCGGGCCUCGGAAACUCCACUGAGACUCCGCCCCCGGCGCCUCCGCGCGCCCCCGCCUCCCCCCAAUCGGAGGGGGCGGGGCGGGGGGAGAGUCAGGUGACCGGGCGGGCGGGGGCGCGAGCUAGCCGGCGGGCAGCAGCGGAGGCGGCGGCGGAGCUGCCCGGGGCCCGGAGACGGCGUCCAAGGCUGCGGGGGUGCUCUUGGGUUGCUCGGGGGUUGGGGGCUCACGGCCACGGCCACGCCAUGGGGGGCCUGAAGGAGGAGCUGCUCAAGGCCAUCUGGCACGCCUUCACCGCGCUCGACCUGGACCGCAGUGGCAAAGUCUCCAAGUCUCAGCUCAAGGUUCUGUCCCACAAUCUGUGUACGGUGCUGAAGGUUCCCCACGACCCCGUGGCCCUGGAAGAGCACUUUCGGGAUGACGACGAGGGGCCUGUCUCCAAUCAGGGCUACAUGCCGUACUUAAACAAGUUCAUCCUGGAAAAGGUUCAAGGAAACUUUGACAAGAUUGAGUUUAAUAGGAUGUGUUGGACGCUUUGUGUCAAAAAAAACCUCACCAAAAGUCCUUUGUUCAUCAGUGAAGAAGAUUCAUUUAAAGUGUGGGUUAUUUUCAACUUUUUAUCUGAGGAUAAAUACCCAUUAAUUAUUGUGCCUGAAGAGAUUGAAUACCUACUUAAGAAACUUACAGAAGCAAUGGGGGGAGUUUGGCAGCAAGAAGAAUUUGAACAUUACAAAAUCAACUUUGAUGCUACUCGAGAUGGUCUUUCUGCAUGGGAAUUAAUUGAACUUAUUGGAAGUGGACAGUUUAGCAAAGGCAUGGAUUGGCAGACAGUGUCGAUGGCAGUUAAUGAAGUUUUUAAUGAGCUUAUAUUAGAUGUACUGAAACAGGGUUACAUGAUGAAAAAAGGCCACAGAAGGAAAAAUUGGACUGAACGUUGGUUUGUGCUGAAACCCAAUAUCAUUUCUUAUUAUGUGAGUGAGGAUCUAAAGGAUAAGAAAGGAGACAUAAUUCUGGAUGACAGUUGCUGUGUAGAGUCCUUACCUGACAAGGAUGGAAAAAAAUGCCUUUUCCUAAUAAAAUGUUUAGAUAAGACGUUUGAAAUCAGUGCCUCGGAUAAGAAGAAAAAGCAGGAGUGGAUUCAAGCCAUUCAUUCUACUCUGCACUUGUUGAAGCUGGGCAGUCCCCCCCCUCACAAGGAGGCCCGUCAGAGGCGGAAGGAGCUGAGGAAGAAGAUGCUGGCGGAGCAGGAGGAGCUCGAGCGGCAGAUGAAGGAGCUCCAGGUGGCCAAUGAGACCAAGCAGCAGGAGCUGGAGCAAGUGAGAAAGAAACUGGAAGAAGCUGCAUCUCGUGCUGCAGAAGAGGAGAAGAAACGCCUUCAGACUCAAGUGGAACUACAAGACAGGUUUAGCCUGGAGCUGGAAAGAGAGAAACUAAUCCGGCAGCAGAUGGAAGAACAGGUGGCCCAGAAGUCAUCGGAACUGGAGCAGUAUCUGCAGAGGGUCCGUGAGCUUGAGGACAUGUACCUGCAGCUGCAGGAGGCCCUGGAAGACGAGAGGCAAGCUCGCCAAGAUGAAGAGACAGUCAGGAAGCUCCAGGCCAGGCUGCUGGAAGAAGAGACCUCUAAGAGAGCUGAGCUGGAACGCUGGCACAUGGAGCAGCAGCAGGCCAUCCAGACCACCGAGGCCGAGAAGCAGGAGCUGGAGAACCAGCGGCUGCUCAAGGAGCGUGCGCUGCAGGAAGCCAUGCAGCAGCUGGAGCAGCUGGAGCAGGAGAGGAAGCAGGCUCUGGAGCAGUAUGAGGGAGUCAAAAAGAAGCUAGAGAUGGCAGCUAGAAAGACGAGGAGCUGGAAGGAUAAGGUGGCCCAGCAUGAGGGACUCAUUCGAUUGAUAGAACCAGGUUCAAAAAAUCCUCACUUAAUUACAAACUGGGGACCAGCAGCUUUCACUCAAGCAGAGCUUGAAGAACGAGAAAAGAGUUGGAAAGGGAAGAAGAGCACGGAGUGACUGCCUCGGGCCCGGAGGUCAGGGGGAGCCGGGAGCUUUGUGCCAAAGAUCACGUGGCGUGUGGCCCCGCGGCGGUGGCCUUCGUGCCGCCGGCUGGGCCAGCACGCCAAGGAAGCUGUCUCUUUGUGCACCUUUCAUGCGAGGGCAGCAGAAGCAGCGUCACAGAUGUCCCUCCUUGUCUGCUGGCCCUCAUUCCCCACCCCUAGAAGACGGCUUUCGUUUUCCCUCCCACAUGGAGAAAAACCACGUUUUGGACAGUCUAUGGCAGUUCACUGUCUCCAGAUAGAUCUUUGUCUUUGUCACAUAUCCUCCUGCGGCUGGCGAUGUGGGAACCUCCACUGCUCAGGAAGCUGACCAAGCCUUUAACAUUAUCCUGAUCAUUGGCCCACUGAUGCUCUGCUGGGGCCAUUGGGAAUUGUGGUUCCCUGGUGGUUCCUCCAGAACAUCUUUGGCCAUAUGGGAUUUUCCCAAGUUCUUCAGGACUCUUUCCUGUCCUGCCCAAGAAACAGAGACCCUCCCCCAUGUGCUUUCUUCUUCUCGAGUCUAAUACUCCACUUCCCUAAAUUCCCAGCCAGCUGUAGGCUGACCAAGGGAGCAGACAUUCUCUGUGGCACACGACUGCUUUGUGUU